AUGCGGCGACAGGUGAAUGAGUUAAUAGAGAGGUAUGCUACAGUGGAGCAAGUUCGACGCGAGUACGUGGCGCCUGACAUAUUCGAUUACCAUGGCGAGCUGCGUGCUUUUAUCGAAUCUGAUGGAGCGUCUAAUAGCGGGUCAGCAGGAGCUUCAGGAGAUGGGGUUGGCUAUGGGCUCAAGCUGCAUCACAAGUCCCUGGGGCGGCUGUUUGAAGUCACGUGCCUGCACAUACCACUAUCCGAUCGGACCGACUUCCAAGGGCUAUUGUCUCUCGUGGAGGCCGAGGUAUUACAAGAGCACAUCCAGUCGCCGAGCCGGCCGCUCUUUCUCGUGGGGGAGUCGUUUGGUGCUCUCCUCGCCGCAGCAGUAGCCGCAAGAAACCCCUCCUUGCCACUCAGCCUCGUACUGAUCAACUCAGCCACCAGCUUCCCACGCUCCUCGCUGCAACCUCUCAUCCCUCUGCUGAAGAGCGUCCCUCCAGAGGCCUACUCCGCUCUUCCCUUCCUCUUCAGCCUCGCCAUAGUGAACCCAAUCCGCAUAGCAUCUGGUGGUUUACCUCUUGAAGCCUCUCCCUUAACCCGCUUGGAGAAGCUAAGGGACAAUCUGCUCAGUCUUCUCCCCUCUCUCCCUGGACAAUCUGCUCGGCCUGCUGCCAUCCCUCCCUGUAAGCAUGCCGCCUCUGCUUGCAAGCCACUCCCUCUCUCAGCUGAUCUCUCUCCUAUUGAUAAUUCUCCUCUUGAAGCCUCUCCCUUGGACCGCUUGGAGAAGCUAAGGGACAAUCUGCUCAGCCUGCUCCUCUCUCUCCCUGUAAGCCUCCCUCUCAUGCUGCUGCUCCCUCUCCCUUCCCCUUGA